ACACUUUGCAGAACCAGGGCUGCAGCAGCUAUGUUCGCUCUGCCAUCUCUUCUGCUUUUGCUGCUGUCUCUGUGUCCCGGUCCUGGUCCUGGACCCGGGAGUGAGGCAAAGGUCACCCGGAGUUGCACUGAGACCCGGCAGGUGCUGGGGGCUCGGGGAUAUAGCUUAAGCCUACUCCCUCCCGCAGUGAUCUCAGGUGAGCACCUUCGGAUCUGUCCCCAGGAGUACACCUGCUGUUCCAGUGAGAUAGAGCAGAGGCUGACUUGGGAGACUGAGGCCACCUUCAGAGGCCUGGUGGAGGAGAGCGGCUCAUUCCUGGUUCACACACUGGCUGCCCGGCACAGAAAAUUUGAUGAGGUUUUUCGGGAGAUGCUCUCGUCAUCUGAGCACUCUCUGGCCCUGCUCUUCCACCGCUCCUACGGCCACCUGUAUUCCCAGCACGCCCCUGUAUUCACUGGCUUGUUCUCUCGGCUGCGGGACUACUAUGAGAGGUCCGGUGAGGGGUUAGAGGACGCUUUGGUGGAUUUCUGGGCACAGCUCCUGGAGAAAAUGUUCCCCCUGCUGCAUCCACACUACAUCUUCUCCCCCGACUACCUGUUUUGCCUCACUCGCCUCGCCUCCUCUCCUGAUGACUCUCUGAAGCCUUUUGGGGAGGCACCCCGCCGCCUCCGCCUGCAGAUAACCCGGGCCCUGGUGGCUGCCCGGGCCUUUAUCCAGGGCCUGGAAACCGGAAGAGAUGUGGUCAGCGAAACACUUAAGAUGCCGUUGUCCGAAGGCUGUAGGCAGGCUGUGAUGCGUCUGACCGGCUGUCCUCUUUGUCGGGGUGUCCCCUCGCUGCCACCCUGCCGGGGCUUCUGCCUCAACGUGGCCCAUGGCUGUCUCAGCAGCCAGGGACUGGAUCCUGACUGGGGGGCCUAUCUGGAUGGUCUCCUGUUCCUGGCCGAGAAGCUCCAGGGCCCUUUUUCUUUUGAACUGGCAGCCCAGUCCAUUGGGGUGAAGAUCUCAGAGGGUUUGGUGUAUCUGCAGGAAAACAGUGCAGUGGUGUCAGCCCAGGUGUUUCGGGAAUGCGGGAAUCCCCAAAGGGCACCGUCCCGCGCCCGCCGAGCCCCAGCCCCCCGGGAGGAGGUGAGCCGCCUCUGGACCCCGGCGGCGGCGGGGGCGGCGGGGACGGAGGAGGAGAGGCCCACGACGGCCGCAGGCACCAGCCUGAACCGCCUGGUGUGGGAACUCCGCGAUCGGCUGGGCCGGGUGAGGGGCUUCUGGGCCGGGCUGGCCCUGACGGUGUGCGCGAACCCCCGCAUGGCGGCGGACAUCUCGCAGGAGGCGGCGCCCUGCUGGACAGGAGCUGGGCGGGGCCGGUAUUUGUCGCCUGUGGUCGCAAGUUCCCUGGAGCAGCUCGAAAACCCAGAGCUGGACCGUGAAUCCUUGAGAUCUGACGUCCAGACACGCAGGCGGCGGCUGCAGCUCCGGUUAGCCACGACCAGGAUGAGGGCGGCCGCCCUGGGACGUGACAUGGAACUGGAGGACUGGGAUGAGGAGGAGGAGGACGCCAGCGGUUCUGGAGAGGGACAGCACUAUGCAGAUGACUGGAUGGCUGGGGCAGCAGCUGUGGCCCCCCCAGCCCGGCUGCCUCGCCCUCCUCGAAGGGACACUUCUGGGGGCAAAGGAGGAGGUGUCCUUGUCCGCCACAACCAGGGCAGGAGCAGGACUGGGGGGACAUCUGUUGGUUUUCACACCCAACCCAUCCUCAUUCUCUUCCUCUCAGCCCUGGCCCUGCUUGGACCAAGAUAACAGGGGAAGGGUGCCCUAGCAUCAGAAGGGUUCAUGGCCCUUCCCCUCCUCCCCCUCUCCCUCAGCUGGGUCUGGGAAGGAGUCGAAGGGGGAUGCAGAGAGGUAGAGAAAGGGACUUUUUGGGUGAGUGGCUGGGGCCCCAAAUCCAGGAGAUUACCAUUGGUGGGUUGGGGGUGGGUGGGUGUUCAUAAUAUUUAUUUUUUCAUUUACAAUCUGGGGAGGAGGGGCUGGGGGUAUUUAUUUAGGAAGAAGGUGUGUGCUUUCCAAGCACACCUCUAUGUUGGGCAAGUUGUCAGCCCCAACAAAGAAAAGGGGAGGAGUUUUAGAGUUGCAGUUGGG